AUGUCGGACACACACAAGGAAGCCGACGUUGCGCCCUUCUCCGACGCGGAGAAGGGUCACACCCAGGCUCCCAUCGAGGGCACCACCCAAAUCACGUCCAAGGAGUCAAUCAUCUGUCAACCGCACCCUGAUUGCAUGACCCGGAAUGGCCUCAAUAUCGAAUCUUUCAAGAAGCAGCACUAUGGCCGGGGCAUUGUUGAGCUGGAGCGCCCCAUCAAGGCUCGCCAUCUCAACAUGAUUGCCAUUGGCGGUUCUAUCGGCGCUGGCUUCUUCGUCGGCUCUGGCGGUGCCCUGGCGAAUGGUGGACCGGGUUCGCUCUUUGUGGACUUUUUGAUCAUCGGCAUCAUGAUGUUCAAUGUCGUCCAUGCCCUGGGAGAACUGGCCAUCAUGUACCCCGUGUCCGGCAGUUUCUAUACCUAUUCCGCCCGUUUCAUCGACCCGUCUUGGGGUUUCGCCAUGGGCUGGAACUACGUUCUGCAGUGGGCCUCGGUAUUACCGCUUGAGCUGACAGUGUGUGGUAUUUCAAUUCAAUAUUGGAAUCCUGACAUAUCUGUUGGCGUGUGGAUUGCAGUGUUCUUUGUUGUCAUUAUCAUCGUCAACGUAUUCGGCGCCAUCGGCUAUGCUGAAGAAGAGUUCUGGGCAUCUCUAUUUAAGCUAUGUGCCAUUGUCAUCUUUAUGAUUAUUGCGCUUGUCUUGGUCUGCGGUGGCGGUCCCUCUGGCGGUCGAUACGACUCGUAUUGGGGAGCGCGCUACUGGUAUAACCCAGGUGCCUUUAAAAACGGCUUUAAGGGCUUUUGCUCGGUUUUCGUUACGGCAGCCUUCUCGUUUUCCGGCACCGAAUUAGUUGGCCUGGCCGCGGCAGAGUCCAGCAACCCCGUUAAAACCAUGCCUGGCGCCAUUAAGCAGGUGUUCUGGCGAAUUACCCUCUUCUACAUCCUGGGUCUCUUCUUCGUCGGGCUCCUAAUCGAGGAUACAGAUACAGCCUUGCUCAACGCCGGAGCUUAUAAUGACCCCAAGGCAUCACCGUUUGUCCUUGUGGGUAAAUACGCAGGCCUCAAGGGGUUUGAUUCUUUUAUGAAUCUUGUUAUUCUUAUUUCCGUGCUGUCUAUUAGUGUGUCAGCUGUUUAUGGAGGCUCACGAACGCUCACCGCCCUCGCACAGCAAAAGUACGCCCCCAAAAUCUUCACAUACAUCGACAAGUCUGGCCGACCGCUGUUCUCGGUCAUUGCCAUCAUUCUCUUUGGCCUCAUUGCCUUUGUCAGUCUCAGUGCUACCGGCCCGGUCGUCUUUACCUGGCUACUCUCCAUUUCAGGUCUCGCCACCCUCUUCACCUGGGGCUCUGUCUGUGUAGCUCACAUUCGGUUCCGCAAGGCCUGGGCGUACCAUGGACACACGGUUGAUGAAAUCCCCUUCAAAGCCGCAGGAGGCGUUUACGGUUCUUGGCUAGGUUUAUUCCUCUGCGUUGUCGUUCUGAUGGCACAGUUCUACUCUGCGAUCACGGCACCGCCCGGGGAGCCCGGUAUGGCGACGGCCAAGAGCUUCUUCCAGCAGUACCUCGCCGCUCCUGUGAUUCUUUUCUUCUGGGCCGUUGGCUAUCUCUGGAAGCGCGAGGGCUGGUUGCGAACCUCACAGAUCGACGUCGACACUGGACGUCGUGAACUGGACUGGGACGCCAUCAAUGCCCACCGAGCCAAGGUGGCUGCCUGGCCGGCAUGGAGACGCCUGUUCCACAAGAUGUUUUAG